UGGGGGAGGUGGCGGGGCGGAAGGUGGAUGGCGAUGUGUAGAUAAGAAAGAGCAGAGAAGGUGGAUAAUGAUGUCAGAGGGGGUUGAUGGUGUGUGUGCGGUAAGCGCCUCGUGUUCCUCGGCAAAGCUUAUAUCUUCCGGAGCUACAGCCUCAUACCCUGUCCUCCCCCGCAAUCCAAACAGCCAGAAUACGGGGAGCGCAGGCGCCGGAGAACCUGGAGUUGCAACCUCGUGACAUGCUAAGGCUCGUAAAUGUACAGGCCUCGUCGCUGUUGGAGGAGAAAUUGCCCACCGUGCAUACCCAACUGCCUUUCUCAUCUAGUCCACGGACGGAGAGAUGAACUAUGUAUAUUGAUACAGCGACAACAAGGCUGCAGAGAUAUUUGUUUAAAUGCAGGCGAUGUAGCAAAUAUCUGGUUGAUCCAGUCGAUCGCCCGGUUCUUCUCUCGUGGUAAUAGUAGUAACAGCCAGUCAUGCCUUCACCAUCCAAGAUCGCCGCGCUUGGCCUUGCGGCUACGGGUUCUUUCGUCGCUGCUGGACCUUGCGACAUCUACGCCUCAGGCAACACGCCUUGCAUCGCUGCGCACAGCACCACUCGCGCGCUCUACAAUGCCUUCAGCGGUUCUUUGUACCAGGUCAAGCGCGGCUCCGAUGGCGCUACCACCAAUGUCGCACCUCUCUCCGCUGGUGGUGUAGCCAAUGCCGCAACACAAGACAAGUUCUGCGCCAACACCACAUGUCUUAUUACCAUCAUUUACGAUCAAUCUGGCCGUGGUAACCACCUUACACAAGCCCCACCUGGAGGCUUCAACGGACCGGAAGCUAAUGGCUAUGACAACCUGGCUGGAGCCAUCGGCGCACCUGUUACACUAAAUGGGAAGAAAGCAUAUGGUGUCUUUGUCUCACCCGGUACCGGAUACCGCAAUAACAAGGUCAGCGGUUCAGCGACUGGCGACGCCGCAGAGGGCAUGUACGCUGUGCUCGACGGAACACAUUUCAACGAUGCGUGCUGUUUCGACUACGGCAACGCCGAGACCAACAAUCUUGACACUGGAAAUGGCCACAUGGAAGCCAUCUACUUCGGCACAAACACCAUCUGGGGCACCGGCUCCGGCUCCGGCCCCUGGCUAAUGGCGGAUCUGGAAAACGGCCUCUUCUCCGGCAUGUCGCCCAAAAACAACCCAGCGGACCCUACCCUCACAGACCGCUUUCUCACCACCGUUCUGAAGGGCGGACCAAACAAGUGGGCUCUCCGGGGCGGCAACGCCGUUUCCGGCUCCUUGUCGACGUACUACAACGGCGCGCGACCCAGUGUCUCGGGCUACAACCCCAUGAGCAAAGAAGGCGCGAUCAUCCUAGGCAUCGGUGGCGACAACAGCAAUGGAGCGCAAGGAACGUUUUACGAGGGAGUCAUGACAUCCGGGUACCCCACCGAUGCGACUGAGAACGCAGUGCAAGCCAACAUCGUUGCGGCGAAAUACGCGACUACAAGCUUGACCAGCGGACCCGCCUACACAGUCGGUUCGUCAAUCUCUCUCCGCGCCACAACCGCAGGCUACACAGACCGCUACCUCGCACAUACUGGCUCUACCGUUAACACACAAGUCGUUUCUUCCUCCAGUACCGCGCUGCUCAAGCGACAGGCUUCCUGGACCGUGCGCGCCGGACUCGCAAACAGCGCUUGUUUCUCAUUUGAAUCCAAAGAUACGGCUGGUAGUUACAUUCGCCAUUACAAUUUCGUCUUGCAGCUACAGGCGAAUGACGGGUCGAAGGCGUUCAAGGAGGAUGCGACGUUCUGUCCUCAGACGGGACUUGGUGGGUCUGGCAGCUCGAUUCGUGCGUGGGGUUUUCCGACGAGGUAUAUUCGUCAUUACAACAACAUCGGAAACAUUGCUAGUAACGGUGGUGUUCAUGAUUUCGAUGCUGCGGCGAGCUUCAAUGCUGAUGCGACCUGGAGUGUUGGUACUGGGCUGGCUUAGAGGGAUGCUGGUGGGGAUGUGGGUUAACGUUGGCUUGAGCUAUCGUGGGAGUGGGUUAUUAUUCUUCCCGAAAUCGAUCGGAUAAUCCUCGCUAAGCUGAAUUCGAUGCUUUGUAAAUGGUCUUGUUUUCUCAAGUCUAUUUAUGCUUUGACAUAAGAAUGUUGACGGACAUCUUGCUAAUAGGAGCGACGGGUACCAGACGCUUCCACUAUGUCCAUGUAUACUGCAAGAUCUCAUAUAGAUAACGAAACAACACACUUUGACGCGG